GGUGUGGGUCCGCCUUACCUCAUGGAAAACUACACUUCCCACAGUGCUCCGCGCUUAUGCUAUAAUGGAGCUACGCGUGGUUGAGCUGGAAAAAAGGAUACGAGAUCACUUGGAGAAGCUGGGCUUUGAAAUCCAUCCGCUUAAGGUAGGGUGGUACAAUGCAGUCCUUUCUCCAGCUUUUCACUUGCCGUACUUGGAUGACACUCUGGCAUUCGUGGUGCUCAGCACUCCUGCUAUGUUUGACAAAGCCUUCAAACCUUUCUUGAGGAAUGGGCCGCUGAAAAAGAUUUGUGACCCUCUGGACCAGUGCAUUUCUCAUCACCUCACAUUGCUUAGGGAGAGUCUUGCUGACCAGCAGGUAGACAUCAUGUAUGACUAUGAGAUGCUGCCCAGCCGGAAGCCCAGGUUCCUGGCCCAGACAGCUGCACAUAUAGCUGGUGCUGCUUACUACUACCAGAGGAAAGAUGUGCAACAAGAUCCCUGGGGAGAGAAGAAGAUCUAUGGCGUCUGCAUCCACCCAUGUUACGGAGGCUGGUUUGCUAUCCGGGCUCUCCUGCUUUUUCCGGGUGUUGAGGUGCCUUCCUUGCUGCAGAAAACUCCUGUGGAUUGUGUGACAACAGAGGAAAAGAGAAUAGAACUUCUGGAGAAGUACAAUUUCCACUGGUGGGACUGGAGCUAUCGGGACAUUACUGAAGUGAAGGAGAAGUACUCGGAGGAACAGAAAACAUACUUUGCAACUCCUCCAGCUGAACGGUUAAAAUUGCUGACUCUGCAAGGAGGAUUGCAAAGGAAUGCAAUACACUGAGUUGCUGUUCUCCUGGCCCAAGGGGGACUCAUAGCCUAUUCUACUGUGUCCACUUCCACGGAGGGAGAGAUGGGUGGUUUACUUGGGGACCCAAGCUUUAGUCCUGCACACACUUGCUAGGAAGUAAGGCCCAUUGAACACAGUGGGGCUUUAUUACAAGUAAAUAUGUCUAGGGUUGCACUGUAAUAUUAGUUACACCAAAA